AUGUCCAAAUUUAUUUCUGUUCCCGUGAAGAAGACCAAGGAGGUGGACUGGAUUGAGCCGUUGAAAAAGUACAUCGAGCGAUUGUACGGCAGCACGGCCGAGUUCGAGCACGAGAUCGCCGCUUUUAACAAGCUUAGAAUAGACAUUGUUCAUUGUGACCAGGACCCCAUUGGACGAGACCUGUACUACAAGUACUAUGGACAAUUGGAAUUAUUGGAGCUGCGAAUUGCGCUGGAUACAUUGGGCAUCGAGUUUUGCUGGUACGAUGCCUUUAUCACCUCGUUGUCCAACAAACAACACUCUAUCGCUUUUGAGAAGGCAAGUGUGCUGUUCAAUUUGGCUGCCAUCAUGUCCCACGUUGCCGCACAUAGCGACGACCUCAAGGUGAGCUACGAGUGGUUCCAGAAAUCAAGCGGUGUUUUCAAGUUCAUCCAGGAAAGCUUUCUGCAUGCGCCUUCUGAAGACCUUAGUGUUCAGUGCGUGGAGAGUCUUUCGAAAUUGAUGCUUGCACAGGCGCAGGAGGCGUUUCUGUUGCGGUACAUUGAGACCAACGACGAGCCCAAACCGUCUCUUGUUUCGCGGCUGGCCAAGGCUACAGGGAAGAUGUAUGGAACCUCCUCGGAGCAGAUCGAGAGUCUCAAGUCUAUCCAGUACAGCUGGGGUCAGUACACGAAAAUCAAGGAACUUUACUAUCUGUCGAUUGCCAACUACCAAAAUGCCCUGCUUUUGAAAGCUUCGGGCAAGUACGGCCAGGCAAUCGCUUAUGUGAAGCAGGCAGAAGAACUGAUUAAAAAACACCAAAAGUACAGCUACCGACACAACCCUGGGUUCCAAGAAAAAGUGAAGACGCAGAUUUCGCUGAUCAAGGAGGAGCUCGAGCUGUUAGAGAAGGAUAACGAUUUCAUCUACCACGAUAUGGUGCCGAGCGCGGCCGCUUUGGCGGAGAUAAAACCGAUGGAGAGUGCCAAGCCGAUCACCAUUGCGGACCAGAAAAUCACCGAGAUCGUGGGCAGAGACGCUUUUGAGAAAAUUGUCCCUUUGAAAGUGCACGAGCUCUCGAGCAUGUACUCUGAGGAGGUGGCCAAGGUUCUGCGGGCAGAGAGCGAGAAGUGCGAGCUUGCGGAUCUCGAGUUCAGCUCGACGCUGGAGUUUCUGCAGCUGCCUAAAUCGCUUUCUGACCUGCGAUCGCUGCUGGAUGAGGCCGAGCAAGAGACUGACGACCAGCUGGACAACGACUCGAUCGACCCGCAGGUGUUGCAAGCGGCCAGUGCUGUGUUCGGCACGAACGUGGAUCUGUCCAAAACAGCCACCUUGCGGUCGCAAGUGCAAUCGAACUUAGACCUGUGUGAUCGGCUGAUUUCACAGGAGAACCAAAAAUAUGCCUCGUUGAAAGCCAAAUACGGCAGUGCGUUUACCCAGGAACAGUAUCCAACGCAGCUGAUCAGUUUCCAGCAGGAUCUGGCCCGGGGAAAGAAAUCGUUGUUGGACGCACAGGCCACAGAUAAGAAGAUUGGUGAGAUCUACAGCGGAAUCAAGGACGACGUGGAUCUGUUGAGCAAAGGCCCGUCCAGUCAGGCUCUGCUGUCUUUGUACAAGAAGGAGCCUCCAGCACAGGUGUCUUUGUUGGAUAUGGACGACCAAGAGGGCGAUGUUGCUGGUGCGAGACAAAAGCUCGCCAAGGUGGACACAAAGCUGCAGGAGCUGCGGUAUCUGCAAAAAGAGCGGAGCAACACGUACGAGGAUCUCAAGACCAAGGGCCACGGCGACGACAUUUCCAAAGUUCUGUUGGUGAACCGCGACCAGCAAGAUAUGGACCCGAUCUUCGAGGAAGAGCUGGCCAAGUUCAGGCCGUAUCAGGAACGGAUUGCCCUGACAGUGGACAAACAGGUUCCGCUGAUCAACGAGCUGAAACAGGCAAUGAACACCGUGCUGGACGACGCGACGCUGAAAAGCAAGCUACGCAAGCGCGAGAAGCGCAAUAGCACUACUAAGGCUGUGAAUUCGCGUCUAUUGGGCUCUUAUGAGCAAUGGAAGACCUAUAAAGGCGGUGUGGUGGAGGGCCAGUCGUUCUACGAACGGUUGCUAACGUUCAGCUCGAACCUGCGGUUUGCGUUGGAGAAAUUUGUUGGAGAACGGAGCAACGAGGCGGACAAGCUAGUGAGUCACAUUGAGCUGAAUGGCCCGCAACGCGACCAGGAUCUGUUGAGACAGCAGUUUGAGCGGUUCAAUCUGCAAACCCAAGCUCCUCCACCGAGACAGUACAGCCAGUACAGCCAGUACAGCAACAGUCCUGGCGGGUCAUUUUCGAGCUCUUCUGGUGGGGCACCCCCACUCCCAUCAAAGCCCAACGCGUCCACGGACUUUUACAGCACGCCGUCCGCAUACGACCCGUCGCUGUACUCGCAAUUUAACAGACAGUCCUAG